GCCCAGAACCGCUUCCGGACACGUUCUGUUGAUGGUUGCAUCAGAAUUUGCCGGAAUCGCUGAGAAUGGCAGCUGCUGGGGAUCAGACUCAGAGCUACCAUUCUAUACUGAACAUUAGUGAGCCGAAUGCCAGACUGAACGCUUUGAACGAGUUCCUCAGCACUCGUAGUUAUAUCCAGGGCUACACGCUUUCUCAGGCUGAUAUAGAUGUAUUCAAACAGCUCCCAGGACCUCCUCCUGAUCAUUACUUCCAUGUGGUUCGGUGGCAAAAGCACAUAGCGGCAAUCUCUAGUGACUCUACUGUAAAGAGUGACUCAAAUAAAUUGCAGUUGUGUAAGGGAAGACGCACUCAGCCACAAUGGUUAGCUCCAGAAGCCAAAGAACAACCAAAACUACGUCUGUAUAACAGUCUGACCCGCAACAAGGAUGUGUUUGUUCCCCAGAAAGGUAAAAAAGUUACGUGGUACUGCUGUGGACCAACUGUGUAUGAUGCCUCUCACAUGGGACAUGCUAGGUCAUAUAUUUCUUUUGAUAUCCUGAGGAGAGUGUUAAAAGACUAUUUUAAAUACGAUGUGUUUUACUGCAUGAAUAUCACCGACAUUGAUGAUAAGAUUAUUAGGCGAGCCAGACAGAACUAUCUGUUUCAGCAAUACAAGGAGAGACAUCCUACUGCCUCCGCUCUCCUGUUUGAUGUCAAUACAGCAUUAAAGCCAUUUUUACAAAAGCUCAAUGAGACCACUGACCCUGAUAAAAAGCAGAUGCUUGAGAAGAUUGAGAAGGCAGUGUCUGCUGCAGUCUGUCCACUAGAGGAGGCCCUGAGUCAAAGUACGGCCGAGGGGGAAAUUCACACAUGCACACAGAAAUUGCUGGAAGAAGCCGCGGACUUGCUGUCAGAUUGGCUGGAUACCCAGCAGGGCGCUGAAGUUUCAGAUAAUUCUAUUUUUUCACAGCUUCCAAAGUACUGGGAAGGUGAAUACCAUAACGAUAUGGAUGCUUUAAAUGUUCUCCCUCCAGAUGUGCUCACACGAGUGAGUGAAUAUGUGCCCGAAAUUGUACAGUUUGUGGAAAAAAUUGUGGAUAAUGGUUAUGGGUAUGUGUCCAAUGGAUCUGUUUACUUUAACACAGCCAAGUUUCACAGCAGUGACCGACAUUAUUAUGCCAAACUAGUUCCUGAAGCUGUCGGAGAUCAGAAAGCUCUUAAUGAAGGAGAAGGUGACCUCAGCAUCUCGGCAGAUCGUUUGAGUGAGAAACAAUCGCCAAAUGAUUUUGCCUUGUGGAAAGCGUCCAAGCCUGGAGAGCCUUCAUGGGACUCCCCGUGGGGAAAGGGCCGCCCAGGAUGGCAUAUCGAAUGCUCCGCAAUGGCCGGAUCCAUCCUUGGCGAAUCCAUGGAUAUUCACGGAGGAGGUUUCGAUCUUCGAUUCCCCCAUCACGACAACGAACUGGCACAAUCAGAAGCUUACUAUGAUAACAACCACUGGGUGCGUUACUUCCUUCAUACGGGCCAUCUGACCAUUGCCGGCUGCAAAAUGUCAAAAUCCCUUAAGAAUUUCAUAACUAUUAAAGAUGCACUGCAGAGAAAUUCUGCUCGACAGCUGCGCCUGGCGUUCCUCAUGCACUCCUGGAAGGAUACCCUGGAUUAUUCCAACAACACCAUGGAGUCUGCUGUCCAGUACGAAAAGUUCAUGAAUGAAUUCUUUUUGAAUGUAAAGGAUAUUCUGCGAGCCCCUACAGACAUCACAGGGCGCUUUGUGAAAUACGAAGCUCAGGAGAUAGAACUGAACAACAGCUAUUAUGACAAGAAAGCUGCUGUGCACGAAGCCUUGUGUGAUAAUAUCGACACUCGGACUGUCAUGGAGGAAAUGCGAUCUCUCGUAAGUCAGUGUAAUUCCUACAUCGCAGUAAAGAAAGCGGCCAAGCAGCCUCCUAACCGAAUGCUUCUGGAGAAUAUCGGCCUGUACCUGACGGGAAUGCUCCGGAUAUUUGGUGCUAUUGAAGGGGAGGAGCCCAUUGGAUUUCCUGUAGGGGGCAGCGCACAGAGCCUCAAUCUGGAGUCCACAGUAAUGCCUUACCUUCAAGUCCUGUCUCAGUUUCGGGAAGGUGUCCGACAAAUUUCCAGAGAGAACAAAGUUUUUGGAGUAUUGCAGCUCUGCGACGCUCUUCGGGAUGACAUUCUUCCAGAUCUCGGCGUGCGUCUGGAAGAUCAUGAAGGCCUCCCAACAGUGGUUAAACUGGUGGACAGGGAGACUUUAAUGAAGGAAAAGGAAGAAAAGAAAAAGGCAGAGGAAGAGAAAAGAAAGAAAAAAGAAGAAGCCGCAAAGAAGAAACAGGAACAGGAGGCCGCAAAACUUGCAAAGAUGAAGAUCUGCGCGAGUCAGAUGUUUAAAGCUGAAACUGACAAAUACUCCAAAUUUGAUGAAACUGGUUUUCCCACACAUGAUACAGAAGGCAAGGAACUAAGCAAGGGUCAAGCCAAAAAACUCAGGAAACUUUACGAAGCUCAAGAAAAGUUACACAAAGAAUAUUUGCAAAUGGUUCAAAAUGGAAAUGCGGACUGAAAAAAUGGAACCCUUCUUAAUGCUCUUCAUGAUAGGGUGUCUUGUGAAUUAGCAAUCUUUUUGUAAGACGGUAACUGUAUAUACACUGACAUCCGAGUCCCCGAUGACGGACAUAUUUAUGAAGUAAUGUUAAGAUAUGUAUUUACACAGACCCUGAGUGGCCUUACAGGCUAGCUCCAAUACUGUAUGAAUCGGGUGUCAUAUUUACGCAGGCCCAAAGCGAAGUCCACUGUAACCACUUUGGAGCUAUAGGAAUUCUUAAGUUCUUUCAAGUUGCAUCACUUGUUUUGAACUGUCAAUGGCAAAUAAAUUGUUUAACAAA